AUGACUAUUCCAAUUGUGAUCAAAGAACUUUAUACUAUAAUUUGUCAAGGUGAUUCAUCAAAUGAACUUGAUGGACGUCUGAUAUCAUUACCUAAUGUUGAUGAAAUUCUUAAUUCGUUAUAUAAAAUAGAUGGUGAACAUAUUAGUUUACUUAUGUUAGCCAGUUUAUAUGGACAUGAUAAUGUGGUACGUAUUAUACUUUCUCGUUCUUCCAAUGUGAAAAAUUUAGUAGAACUCACUGGUAGAGUAUAUGACAUCAAUCGAAACCUUGUUUCAUCUGUUACUGCACUAUGGUGUGCUUGUGAUCGAGGUCAUUAUACAUUGGCUCGUACACUUAUUAAAGAAGGGAAAGCUAGUGUUGAUCGUGGCCCAGGAAAUCCAUUGUUGAUCGAUGCUGUGAUUAAAAAUCGUCUUAAAACUAUUAAAUUUUUAGUUAAAGAUAACUAUGUAAAUAUAGAUGGAACACAACAAAAUGCUUAUCCCAAAUACAAUAGUCUUAUGUUAUCUGCAUGUGAUGGCCGAACAGAAAUCGUUACCUAUCUUCUUAAAAAAGGUGCCAAUAUUGAUGAAAGAACGCCAAGAAGUCAUGAAACAGCUGUGGGAUGUGCUGCUAUGGGGGGUCAUUUAGGUAUAGUGAAAUUAUUAUGUUCUGCAGGUGCUUCUACAGAUAUGAAAAUUAAUAGAGCUAAAACAGCAAUAGCAUUAGCAUUAAGAUAUAAUCGUUUACAUGUUGUUAAACAUCUCAUAGAUGUUAUAAAACACGAAGUAGCUAUUGAAGAGCUCGAGCUAAUAGCUUGUUCAAUGAUUUUAUCAACGGAAUAUAAUAUAUCUAUGAAUCAAGCACAACGUACAAGUAUAAUCACUUUAAUACGAAAAAUAUUUCAAAUGACAAAAGAAAGAAAUUAUCCAGGAUCGAUUAUGGAACCAAUCAAAGCUUACAAUCAUCAACAAGAAUGUCAAACGAUAGAAGAAUUCGAUCAAAUUCAAAAUGAUCCUGAUCGUUUAUAUAUAGAAGCAUUACUUAUUCGAGAACGUAUUCUAAUGCCAAAGAAAGAUAAAGAAUUAUGUGCCCCAUUACUCGAACGAGGAGAAAAACUUAUUAAACAACGUAAUUUUGAAUCCUGUCUUCAUUUAUGGGAACAUACCUUUCAUUUAUAUCAAAACAUGGGUUAUGCAACUAGUCUUGAUCGAUUUGUUUGGGUCUUUUGUAAAAUGUUAAUUGCCAACGUACCUAUUCCUCCUCAAUUAUUUAUACAAAUAUGUCGUUUAACAUUGGAGCCUUCACAACAAAAUAAAAAUGAAAUGACUUUAAGAAAUGCCUUGUAUCUAGUGGCUAUUGCAGCAAAGAUUCUUGAACAACCAGUGUUUACUCAAGAAGAACGUCAAUCGAUACAUCGAUGGAUAUAUGAUUUCUGUCGUCAGCAACAUACAACAAUAAAUGAACAAACAUUAUUACAUUUGUGCGUUAAUGAACAAACAUAUCUAGACAUCAAUAAUCGAGCAUAUGCCAUUACGCAAAUCAUUAAUUUUCCAAACUUAGCUGCAACUCAACUCAUUCUCACCUAUGACAAUCAUUGGAUUAAUGUAGAUGCAGUAGAUUUAUUAGAUGGCAAUACAGCUCUUCAUAUCAUUUCUCAAAGUGAUAAACUCGAUGCCUUAUCAAUUAUCGAAUUAUUAAUAAAUGCUGGAGCACAUCUUGAUUGUCUGAAUAAACAUAAUAAAACACCAUUUGAUUAUGCUAAGACUAUCGAAAUGCAAACUCUACUUCAAAAACAACAAACACCUUCUUUACUAAAAUGUCUUUGUGCAAGACAUAUUGUCACCCAACAAUUACAAUACGAAUCAAUUUGGCCUGCAAAAGCACGAUUAAAUACUUUUAUAUAUUUACAUGGUUGUAUAGCGGAAGAUAUUAGAUUUAUCGGUGAACAUCCUUAG